AUUUCUCUCCCACAGCACCCCCCCGCGGAUCCAGAUCCCUUCCGAUCCUAAGCGCGAAAUCUCAAUUCGCGAAAUUCUCACCAUGCCUUCCAUUGCUCGAUCCAAUGGCGACUCCACUCCUCAGAAGCGCAGACUGAGAUCCGAUGCGGCGGCUCAGGAUUCUCCGAUCUCUACGUCGGUCAAAUGGAAAUCGCCUCGCGGAUGCAGCUCUACGAGCCCAAACAAUCUCUCAAAUGGCACUGAGAGAGAUUUUAGUGAUAAUCCUGAGAGAUCUCCGGUGAAAAAAUUAUCCGGCAAAUUUAUUUCAAAGCCCAAGUGGAAUCCAGGAGAUACGGAGCAGAUGAGGGCAGUGAAGGAGGCCUUGCACGUUUCGACAGCGCCAUCUACUAUCGUGUGCCGUGAGAAUGAACAGAAGAGGGUUUUGGAAUUCUGCAAGGUAUGCGUGGAGCAAGAGAAGUCUGGAAGUUUAUAUGUUUGCGGGUGCCCAGGGACAGGGAAGUCGUUGUCAAUGGAAAAAGUGAAGCAGCUUUUGGUUGAUUGGGCGAAAGAGGCAGGUCAUCGGCAGCCGGAUGUGUUACCAAUAAAUUGUACUUCUCUAGCAAAAACAUCAGAUAUUUUCGUCAAGAUACUAGGUGAUGCCCAACAGCGAAGGAAAGUGAAUAGCUCUGCUACCUCAGCGUUGCAACAUCUCCAGAACUUGUACUCUCAAAACCCACGAUCUUCCGGCAUAAAGAUGACGCUGAUAAUUGUCGAUGAGUUGGACUAUUUAAUUACAAAAGACCGGGCUGUGCUUCAUGAUCUUUUCAUGCUUACAACCUUCCCUUUCUCCAGAUGUAUUUUGAUAGGUAGUGCUAUUAUCAGAUAUAUUAUUAAGUUCUGCUUCAUCGGAUUCUCAAUUUUGUGUGCCUCAUGCAUAAUUGUUUCUGCUGUCAUCUUUGGUUUUGCAGGGAUAGCCAAUGCCAUAGACCUAGCAGAUCGUUUUCUUCCGAGACUUCAGUCAUUAAAUUGCAAGCCUAUGGUCGUAACUUUUCGGGCAUAUGACAAAGAUCAGAUCCUCAAGAUACUUCAUGAGAGGCUAUCGGCACUUCCUUACAUUGUGUUUCAACCGCAAGCACUGGAACUCUGUGCCAGAAAAGUGGCCGCUGCCUCUGGAGAUAUGCGGAGAGCUCUAUGUAUUUGCAGGAGUGCGAUUGAGAUUCUAGAAGCAGAGCUGAAAGACUCUAGCAGCAACUUUCAUUCAUUAACAGUAGAGAAAGCAUGCUUUGAACAACAGACGGCUACAGCGCCUGAUAUAUUGAAGAAACAAGACAUAGAUGUGGUAAGGCUUGAUCAUAUGGCUAUUGCUUUGUCAAAGACGUAUAGAACGCCAAUAGUGGAUACCAUACAAUCUCUCCCACAACAUCAGCAGAUUCUACUUUGCUCUGCCGUGAAACAUUUCCGUGGGGGAAAGAAGGAUACAACUGUAGGGGAGCUGAAUAAGUCUUAUAUGGACUUCUGCAAAUCAUCACUAAUCCCUCCUGUUGGGAGUCUGGAACUUUCAACUAUAUGCCGAGUACUAAAUGACCAGGGGCUUCUCAAACUAGGUCAAUCUCGAGAAGAUAAAUCGAAAAGAGUGUCAUUAAGAGUAGAUGAAGCAGACGUCACGUUUGCAUUACAGGGGAUCCGUUUCUUUCGCAAUUGUCUUCAGUAAAUCUGCUCAAAGCAUAUGGACCCGUGAUUCUUCUUAAGCUUGUGGUGACCCUUUUUUCCAAUUCGCCCAGUUCAAACGGAAAGAAAUCAGAGAAUUGGCAAGCAUGAUGAGUGUUGUGGAGAUAAUACAGGAAUUAUUAAUUCAAACGCCCAAUGUCAGCAAUUUCCAGAGAGUUGGAACAUCCUCUCUAGAAAAGGGAAAGAAGAUAAAUACGAAAAAAUGUAGGAAGAAAUUUUAAGACAUGAUAUGUUCAUCACAUGUAACUUAACUGGUACUUUUUAACUGUAUCAUUCUUCUUGUAAAGACGUUACAAAUUGGAUGAGUUUAUAAGGUUUUGUGUUUUCAAA